AUGCAACAGAGAAAAGCUGACAGAAGAGAUGGAUCUAGGAAAUGCGCGAGUUUUGAUGAUCAUGAAUCCUCCCACCGAAGCCAAAUGUGGCUUUCAGGUUUGUACGGAUUAAUGCUACUUGGUGGUGCAUUGAAGUCCAUCUUGGAAUGUGAUGUAGGAGUAGGUGAAGGAGAUUCGCUUAAAUUGAUUUCUCUGCAAGUUGUGAUCCAACUAAAAAGAGUGAGAUCAAGAUCAAGGAUAUCUAAAUUUCAAGGUUGGAAGUGUGUAGCAAUCAGUUAA